AUGACGAGCCCCGAUUACGACGUCGUCAUCAUCGGCGCGGGCAUCUCCGGCAUCAACUUUGCCUACCGCCUCAAAGAACGUAAUCCGCAUCUCACGUACUGCAUCCUCGAAGCGCGCAGCGAAAUUGGCGGAACAUGGAGCCUGUUCAAGUAUCCCGGCUUACGCUCCGACUCGGACCUGUACACAUUUAGCUUCCCGUGGAAGCCGUGGGAGUCGACCGACACCAUUGCCGGCGCGCCGCUGAUCCUCAAGUACCUCCGCGAGGCCGUGCAGGAGCAGGGCAUCGAGCAGCACAUCAAGUUCAACCACACGGUGCAGUCGCUCAACUUUGACACGCGCCAAAAGACGUGGACGUUUACCUGCCAGAGGCCCGGCAAGGAAAGCGUCCGCGUGUCCAGCCGCUUCGCGCUCAUCGGCACCGGCUACUACGACUACGACGAGCCGCUCGAGGCCGACAUCCCCGGCAUCGGCAGCUUCCAGGGCCCCGUGGUGCACCCGCAGUUCUGGCCCGAGGACCUCGACUACGCCGGCAAGAACAUGGUCGUCAUCGGCUCCGGCGCCACGGCCGUCACCGUGCUGCCGUCUGUCGCCGACAAGGUCGCGCACGUCACCAUGCUGCAGCGCUCGCCGACCUACAUCGUGUCGGUGCCGCGCGGCGGGCUCUUUGAGAGGGUCACAAAGGCGCUGCUGCCCGCGCGCAUCGCGCACGCCAUCAUCCGCGUCCGCUGGACGCUGCUCGGCUUCUUGCUGGUGUGGUUUUGCCGCACCAUGCCGGCGCUCGCGCGCUGGGCCAUUCUGCGCCGCACCGCGCGCGAGCUGCCCGCCGGCACCGCCCUCGCGCCCGACUUCACGCCGCGGUACAACCCGUGGGAGCAGCGCAUGUGCCUGUGCCCGGACGCGGAUUUCUUCCGGGCGCUGCGCAGCGGCAAGGCGAGCGUGGUGACGGACGAGAUUGCCGCCGUCACGGCCAAGACGAUCAAGCUCAAGUCGGGCCGCGAGCUGACGCCCGACAUCAUCGUCACGGCGACGGGGCUCAAGCUAGCGCUGCUCGGCAAGGCGAAGCUGUCGGUGGAUGGCGCGGCGGUGCGCCUGCCGGACCGCUAUAUCUGGAAGGGCGCCAUGCUCGAGGGCGUGCCGAACCUGUUCUUUGCGUUUGGCUAUGUCGACGCCAGCUGGACGCUCGGCGCUGACGCGACGGCGCAGCUGGCCACGCGCAUCAUUGCCGAGGUCGGCGAGACGGGCAAGACGGCCAUCUGCCCGCGCCAGACGAGCGACGAGCUGCGCACUAUGAAGCCUAGGUCCUUCUUCUACCUGCAGUCGACGUACGUGAAGAAGGGCCAGGCUGUGGUGCCGAAAACGGACUGGGAGGACCGAGAGGAAGAAUGUGCGGUGACAAAGCCAUCCAAGGAUAUAUCGACUAAAUUGAAUUUCAAGAUUAUUUCAAGAGAUUGCCAGGGCUAG